GAAGCUUUGGUAAGACGUUCCCUCAGCCGCUCGCUGCUAUGCUCCCUUCUCAGGGUCGAGCUCCCAUCCCGCUGCUGGUGGUAGCGGUCGCCUGGUUGCUGUGGGCGAAGAGCUGCUUCUCCCAGCGCCUCUUGAGCGGUCAAAAGAUAUGCUACGGUGAUUCAGCACAUCUCUGCUACAAGAUUGCCUAUUUCCAAGACAUGUCUCGGCGUGUGGGUUUUCAGGAGGCUCGCCAAGCUUGUGAAAUGGGUGGUGGAGUACUUCUCAGUCUUGAAAGUGAAACAGAACAGAAACUGAUAGAAAAUAUGCUGCAGAAUCUCACAAAAUCAGGUCCAGGGAUUUCUGAUGGAGACUUCUGGAUUGGUCUAUGGAGAAAUGGAGAGGGACAAACCACAUCCAGUGCCUGUCCCGAUCUUUACAAAUGGACAGAUGGAAGCAGUUCCCUCUUCAGAAAUUGGUAUACUGAUGAGCCUUCCUGUGGGAGUGAAGCUUGUGUUGUGAUGUAUCACCAGCCAACAGCAAAUCCAGGUUUAGGAGGGCCUUAUCUUUAUCAAUGGAAUGACGACAGAUGUAACAUGAAGCACAAUUUCAUCUGCAAGUAUAAGUCAGAAGACCUUGUAGAAAAAGAAUCAGGACACAAAACAGAUUCACAUCAUGAAAUUCAAGCAACAGUGCCAGCUGUGAAGCCUAAUGAUCCAAGCAAGUCAGAAGAUGAUUUUCCAUUGGUCGUUACUGAAACUGGUGGUCUAAUUCCUAAUUUAAUUUAUGUUGUUAUACCAACCAUACCACUGUUGUUGUUGAUAUUAGUGGCUUUUGGGACUUGCUGUUUCCAGAUGCUGCAUAAAAGUAAAGGAAGAACAAAAACCAGUCCUGAUCAGUCAACACUGUGGAUUUCUAAGAACCCAAGAAAGGACAGUAACCUGGAAGUAUAGAAAACUGGCUGAAAAGAAAGCAGGAAUGAUACUUUUCAGGAUUUCUUAGAUUGUCUUGUUAAAUAUUAGUUUGGAAUGGCUUGAAAUUGCAACAGAUCAACAGAAUGAAGUGGAAGCUCCCCCUUGAAAUGAUUGCUUGGAUCAUUUUUUAAUAUAUGAUUUUUGGUUUUUAAUCCCAUAGCAAACAUAGCCAGCUAAAAGAAAAUAAGAAUAUGAUUAUUUUGCUAAAGAAAGUAAUUUGGCUACGAAUACUAAUGAGAUAGACCGAACAUUUUGAAUUCAUUCCAUGUGACAGUUGUAGUACAAAUAUUUCUAAUUUAACCUUUAACAUUUAUUUCCAUUAUUAAUUUCAUAUAUAUUGUAUUGUUUCUCGCUAAUGGAUGGACUGUAAUUCCAGCUAAUAUGAAUUUACGAUGUAUUAAGAUAAUUUAUCUUUGCAUAAAAAAUUCUACACUAGAAUAUGAGUUAUUGUAAUCUCAUAUAUGUAAAAAUAUUUAUCAGUGUUAA